AUGAGUGGGGAGUGGGUGCACCCAGGCCAGACCCUGAUCUGGGCUGUUUGGGUCCUUGCAGCUGCCACCGAGGGGCCAGCUGCAGAUGCACCAGUGAGGAACACCAGGCUGGGAUGGGUCCAGGGGAAGCAAGCUACUGUGCUGGAAAACAACAUGCCUGUGAACGUGUUCCUUGGGAUCCCUUAUGCUGCACCCCCUGUAGGACUCCUGCGAUUUGCAAAACCAGAGCCUGCAUUGCUCUGGAAUGAUUUCCAAAACGCUACGUCCUACCCUAAAUUGUGCCUCCAGAACUCAGAGUGUCUGUUCUCAAAUCAACCCAUUCUCAAGGUGCAUUAUCCCAAAUUCAGUGUGUUGGAAGACUGCCUGUUCCUUAACAUCUAUGCACCAGCCCAUGUGGACACUGGCUCCAAGCUUCAGGUCAUGGUGUGGCUCCCUGGGGGUGCCUUCGAGACUGGCUCAGCAUCCAUCUUCGAUGGGUCUGCCCUGGCUUUCUAUGAGGACGUGCUUGUUGUGACUAUCUAGUACCGACUAGGAAUAUUCGGCUUCUUCAACACAGGGGACAAGCACGCACUGGGGAACUGGGCCUUCAUGGACCAGGUGGCUGCCCUGACCUGGGUCCAGGAGAACAUCGAGUUCUUUGGUGGGGACCCACACUGCGUGACUAUCUUCGGUGAGUCAGCAGGAGCUAUAAGUGUUUCCAGCCUUAUUCUGUCCCUCAUGGCCAAAGGCUUAUUCCAUGGAGCCAUCAUGGAGAGUGGGGUGGCCAUCAUCCCUUACCUGAAGGCCCCUGAUUACGAGAGGAAUGAUGAUGAUGUAGAUUUCGCGAAGAGAAGCAGCUGCCGAUUUUUCUCUUCUUCCUUAUUUCAGAAAACCAAGUCUUUCACUCGAGUGGUUGAUGGCUUGUUCUUUCCUCAUGACCCUUUAGACCUAUUGGCUCAAAAAUCAUUUAAGCCAGUUCCUUCUAUCAUCGGAGUCAAUAACCACGAGUCUGGCUUCCCGCUGCCCAUGGAGUUUCCUGAGAUCCUCGGGGGCUCCAACAAGUCCCUCGCCCUGCAGUUGAUACACUCAAUCCUGCACAUCCCUGUCCAGCAUUUAUACCUUGUGGUUAAUGAAUAUUUCGACAACAAGCACUCUCUGAUUGAUAUAUGAAAUCGCUUCCUGGAUUUGCUUGGAGAUGUGUUCUUUGUGAUCCCUGGGCUGGUCACAGCUCAAUAUCACAGAGAUGAGUCUCCUAAUGCUGGUGCACCUGUCUACUUCUGUGAGUUUCAGCAUCGGCCCCAGUGCUUAAAGGAUAAGAAGCCGCAUUUUGUCAAAGCUGAUCACACUGAUGAAAUCCGCUUUGGCUUUGGAGGUGCCUUCCUGAAGAGCGACAUUGUCAUGUUUGGUGUGGCUACAGAGGAAGAGAAACGGCUGAGCAGGAACAUGAUGAGAUAUUGGGCUAACUUUGCUCAGACUGGGAAUCCUAAUGGGGAAGGCCUGCCCCUGUGGCCAGCCUACGGUCAGACUGAGGAGUACUUACAGCUGGACUUGAACAUGAGCGUGGGACAGAGACUGAAAGAGCUGGAGCUGGAGUUUUGGACGGACACCCUCCCCCUGAUGAUGUCCUCUUCCGGAACGCUCCUUGCUUCACUUUCUUUCUUAACAUUCCUUUCUCUGCUCCUGCCUUUCAUUUUCUCUUUUGCUCCUUGGCAGGUUAUCUUUGUGUGAUUCUGGUUUUCCUUCUCAUUCUGCUGUUUCUCCCACAAUCAUUAGCUUCAUCUGUG